AUGGACAACGCCGCCUCCGUUCUGCUGGCCUUCCCGCCAGACGGCGACCUGCCGACUCUCGAAAAAUACCACAAGGCCGUUACCGCCCAUGUGCAGCAGGCCGAGAGGCUCCUCAAGGACACCACGACCAACCUGGCGAGCCUGGCCCCCCUGCUCCUCGAGCACGUCAACCCGGCCGUCAACUCCAUCUCGUACCUGGCCCUCUUGCAGUCCAUCCUGGCCUCGGAGAAAACUACCCAGCCCCAGCGCCUCGCCGUCCUCCCCAGAGUCACCGCCUUCUUCAUGACCUUUGACCCCCGCCAGAUCCGAUAUGUCGGCUCCGCGCUCUCCCGUUUGCUCGACCUUGUCGCGAGUAACGAGCUGUUGCCCGUGACCAUCCUCCGACUCAACCCUGCCGGCUCCAUGCUGACCUCGCACCACCUCUCGCUGGUGAGCCUCGCCUACGAGACGAACAACAUUGAGCCCGCCCUCCCCGUCCUCGAGAAGACGAUAGUCUUUUACCCCGGCGUCAAGGGCGCUGCCGCAGAGAAGGGCCUGCUAGGCGACCCGGCCCUGGCCCUCGCUGCAUAUCUGACCCCCGAGUCGGGCCUGACGGCAAAGCUCAGCAGCUCCUCGGUACUGCGGUACGACCUCUUGUGCGGCCUGUGCUUCAUCCAGCGCCGCAUGUGGCAGCAGGCCUUUGACGCCCUGGAGCGCGUCGUCACGUACCCCACCAAGGACCUGGCCUGCAGCAAGAUCAUGGUCGACGCACACAACAAGUGGGUCCUCGUCGGCCUGCUGCUCACGGGCAAGAUGCCCGCGCUGCCGCCCACGACGUCCCAGCCCGCGCAAAAGACGUACGCGACGCUCGGCAAGGCGUACACGGCGAUUGGCAAGGCGUUCGAGAAGCUCACGGCCGAGACCAUCAAGGCCGAGGUCUUUUCCCUGGGGCAGUACAGCCUAGCCGAGGAGGGCAACCUGGGGCUGAUGCAGCUCGUGCUCUCCCACUACCAGCGCUGGCAGAUUGUCAACCUCGGCGAGGCCUACACCAAGAUCUCGCUCGAGCAGAUACGCGCGCAGACGCAGAGCGCAGAGACGGGCGCGCCGCUCGAGACCGAGGCCGAGAUCGAGGCGCUGGUGGAGAGUAUGAUUGGCGACGGCAUGCUGCACGGCGUCAUCGAGAAGCCGGCGCCCGCCGAGGAGGGCGACGACGGCACGCCGCCGCAGCCGGCCUACCUCCACUUCCUGUCGCCGGCGGACGACCUCUCGGAGCAGCAGUUCGCCGCGCAGAUGCUGGCGGCGGCCCAGCGCAUUAAGGACCUGGGCCCCAUAGUGAAGGCGGCCAGCGAGCGGCUGGGCACGCGGCCCGAGUACCUGCGCUAUCUGGUUCAGGAGCAGAAGCGGGACAAAGACGGCUCGGGGCCGAACUCGGCGGCUAUGGGCUUCGAGUUGACGUUCGACGACGAGGACCUCAUGACGGGGGUUACGGCGGGCAUUUAG